AUGGGAUUCUGGCAUGUCAUUCUGGCUGUGGCAUCUGCGGCCUGGUCCAUUGAAGAAGUGGAAAUCUCCGUUGAUGCUGGCGAGAUUCAGCUUCCACUGACCUGGCGCCCCGCGCUCGAUGACGUCAGCAAGUUGACUCGGGCGUUUCUACGCGCAAAUGGUCUUGACACAUCGCGUCUCAAUGCGAUUGUACGAGACCUGAAAGUGAAGCGCGCAUGGGAUGUGGUCUUCGGUUCUUCCUUCAACCACUCCGUGCCCACCUCAAGCUCAACGUCCUAUCUUCAUUUGAGCGGGAGCCAAAUGCCUUUGAGGGGAGCCAUGGUGACUCGAGCAGUGAAGCCCAGUGAAGGAGCGGUCUUAGCACUUCAUAUGGGCCAUGAUGCCAGCAUGGCGGUGAGCUACCGGGGACGCGUGCAAUGCGUCUUGGAGCUGGAGCGGCUCUUCGGCCAGCGAUAUUACCGGCCGCCUCUGAGCGAUCCAGCUCAAUUUCAAGCCAGCUGGAAUCUGGCAUUUGAGAAAGUCCAGACACGAUGUGUUUUUGAAGAUGGAUGGCCCUUGCGUUUUGAACAUGCGGUUCUCGUUGCGCCUCCAGUACAUGAGACUGAGCAAGCAAUGUUGAUCAUGGCAGCAGAGCAAUUCUUCAGCAUCGAGAAGUGGCACUUGGUUGAUCAUCAUGAAGCACAUGCUCUCUCAGCGUUCCACUCAUCACCCUUCCGCUCGGCCCUCAUUGUGUCCUACGACUCGGCGGGAAAUGAUGGACACUUCAACGUCUAUGUGGGCUCCUUCGACAAACUGGAAAGGAUUGCACAACUCGACUACAGUUUGGGCCAUGCUUAUAAUGCGUUGGCAUCCUUACUGCCGGAAGUCACGGGCAGACCGAUCGACGAGUUCUUUGCUUGUGACAUGAACUUCAGCGACGAAUUGCUUGCGUCAAAAGAACUUUACUUUGAAAAGAAUCCUUUUGCAACCUUGAGUUGGGCAGGGAAAUUGAUGGGUUAUGCAGCUGUGGCAGCUCCUAGAGAAGACCUGCGUCACUCCGUGCGCUUCUUCAUUGAGGCUUCCAAUGCUUGGAUUGGAGUUGGAAGCUAUGCUCAGAAGUAUCCCCCUGCUCUAGUCAAAGCAGCCUGUGAAUCUGCAGAAAGCCAACGUGAAUUGGCAGCGACCAUCCAGUCUGAAUUCGAAGCUUUUGUGCAUGCGCGUGUAGGCGCACUUCUCCAGCACAUUGGUCAUGGGCAGGUUGAAGGUCUUGUGCUGACCGGAGGCUGUGCCCUCAAUGUUCUGGCCAAUCAGCGCAUCUAUGACACCUUCACUGCAGACACGGCGGCACCACUGGGCUUUUACGUGCCUCCGGUACCCAAUGACAGUGGUCUCAGCCUGGGAGCUUUAUGGUCCAUUGCACCUCCAAGAGUUCGCCAGCCUCUGCAAUAUUUGGGCUUUCCCUUGUGGGACGAGGCGCUGGUGCUUCGACACGCCCGGCAGCGAGGGGCCCAACGGCUCUCCAAGCUCGGAGGCAUCGAAUACUUGGCCGAGCUCCUGGCGGGCGGCGAGGUCUGGCGAAGGCAGCGGAACCACACUGCUGACAAGCCCAUUGUGGCAGUCGUCCGAGGUCGUCAGGAGUUUGGCCCCCGGGCCUUGGGCCAUCGUUCCCUCCUGGCAGUUCCAGACGGCGACAUGAAGAAGCGCAUGAACCGCCUCAAAGCGAGGCAAUGGUAUCGUCCUGUUGCACCCAUGAUCGCGGAGGAAGCGCUGAAUCAAGUGUUUGGACGAGAUGUUCGAUCACCCUUCAUGACCAUGGCACCCAGGGUUCGCCCUGAGAUUCAGAAGAGCUUCCCAUCACUGGUCCACUUGGAUGGCACUGCUCGACAUCAAUCCGUCAGCCAAUUUGACGAAGCCUGGAUCCAUGCCUUGCUUUUGGCUGUGGGACGCCACACGGGAUUGGCAGCAUUGAUCAACACCAGCUUCAAUACAAAGGGGAAGCCCAUUGUCAACACGGUGAAGGAAAGUCUUCGGAUGCUUGACGAGUUGCCCGACUUGGACUUUUUGAUUGUCGAAGACUGGCUCUUCCGCAAGCGCCGAUUUCUGGAGAAGCGGAAUGUGGCCGAUGCAGCUGCUUCUGGCACCAGUAAAUGA